AUGAAUAUAAUGAAAACGUACUAUUUAAGAAUGCUUAAUUUACUCACUCAAUGUGCUUCAAAUAAUCUGUACACUGAAUGUGUUUGUUUGUAUCAGUAUUCUUAUUAUGUACUUGCACUUUUUCAAAUAACUUCUGAGUUUCAGCUAACAAUGUCUGGAAUAGAACAUCAAGUUGUUAACACUGAAAGUUGUGGAAAAAUUAACGUAUUCAUACAGGGUCCACGUAAUACAAAAGUUGCUUUCUUGACAGUUCAUGAUCUUGGAUGCAAUCAUAAUGAAAUUAUCAAUUUUCUUGCACACGAAUCCAUGGAACCGCUAGUUAAUCGAUGUACCUGGGUACAUGUAGAUGUUCCAGGACAAGGAGAUGGUGAAUCGGAUUUACCUGCAGAUUAUACAUUUCCUUCAAUUCAACAACUUGCGGAAGGCAUGAGUGAAGUAUGCAAUGCACUUAGAUUACAGUAUGUUGUUGUUUUCGGUGAAGGAGCUGGAGCAAAUAUAUUAGUUAGACUGGUGAUGUUAAGAUAUGACAUAGUUUUGGGUGCUAUUUUAAUUCAUUGUACUGGGACAACUGCAGGGUUAUCUGAAAGUCUUCGAGAUAGAUUAAUUGGAUGGAAAUUAAAUACAGUUGGAAUGAAUCCAGCUGCAGAAUCAUAUUUAUUAAUGCAUCGUUUUGGUUCGGCUGCAGAUUCAGAAAACGAAAUAGAAGUACGAGAAGUCCUCAUAAAAUUUCGUCAAUCACUUAGAACAGCAAUUAACCCGAGAAAUUUAAACAAAUUUAUUAUGUCAUUUAUGUCACGUACAAAAAUCCUAGAACAUGUCGAUCAAAUAAGAUGUCCCGUUUUAUUUCUAACCGGUGCAUUAGCAUCACAUAAUCAUACAGUCUUUCGUCUAUACAAUGCUGUUCUAUCCGCUGUACGCAAUGAUCCAAAUCUACAAGGCAAAGUUGAACUGAUUCAACUAGAUAAUGUGGCGAAUGUAUUAAGUGAACAGCCUGAAAAAGUUGCUGAAUGUCUACAAUUUUUUAUCCAAGGAUUAGGUCUAGCUGGUGGCUUAGUUAGUCGACGAAUGAGUAGUACAAUACCUGUAGCUAGAAAUAGAUCAUUAUCAAUGGAAGAAUAUGAUCAACCAAAAGGUGCAUCAAAUUGUAUAUUUCAUAAAAAUCGUAAAUAUAGUACAACUACUGGGAGAUUAAUACAAGAUGAAAGUCCAAUUAAUGAACAAGAAGAUCAAACUGAAGCUUAAUUAUUAUACUCAAAAUUAUAUAACUAUAUAUAAACGUAUACAACUAGAUCGUUCUACCUUACUAUUUCUGAAAAUAGAUUCUCUUUUUUUUAAAAAAAAACAUAAAUAUCAUUAUACAUAUACAACAGUGAUAAUCAUGUAUCUUAAUUAUACAACGUUCUAAGGGGUUCAACACUACAAUUUUCAGUGCACUCUCUUUUUUUCUUUACUAAUAACUAGGCUUUUUGUUUCCUACUUGUUUAUUUCUAUCUGUCUAGUUUUACAAAAUCAUUCUUCAGUAAUAACAAUAAACAAUUUUUGUUUAAUGAUUUUUGUACUGUUUUCCUUUUUCUUUUUCAAAAAAAAAGAGAAAUAAUAAUAAUCCGUUUAGUAAACUUAUUAGUUAGGAAAAAUUUCUUUUCUCUUCUCUUCUUUCUCUACUAUUACUACUACUACCACUACCACCACCACUACUACUACCACUACAAAUUCUUAUAUUGUCGAUUGAAUUACAAUCAACAACAACAAAAAAAAGAAAAGAACAAGAGACCAUCUAUCAUGAAAAUAAAUCCUUAGUUGAUAAUUAUUACUAUUAUUAUUAUAAUCAUUUUGUAUUGUAUUUUUACUGUAGUUUUUGUAAUAAUCAUCUUAUACUUUGCAGCUACUAUUUACCGACUAUUCAAUUCAUUAUCACCAGCUUUUUCAUCCUUUAACUCGUUUCUCUUUUUGAAUGAUUUCUAUGGUUGUUUGUCUGUUUUUUAACAAUUUAAUCUGUUGUCUACGUUAAAAUUUGUUUGUAGAAUAAUUAAUAAUAAUAAUAUGAUUAUUGCUACUUA